AUGUCGAAGAGAAACCAUGUUGAUGAUCCAUCUGUCCUCCCUCCGCCAAAGCGCCCCCACACAAUUCCCAGCAUUCAUAUCGACCAAAUAACUGCCCUAAGUGACGAGCUCCUAAUCCAUAUACUGUCUUUUCUUCCCAUCCCCUCUUUGCUUGUCUGUCAACAACUAUCACGCCGAUUCCAUGCUUUAGCUGGAGACUCGGAACUCUGGAAAAGGCAAUACUACUCUCGAUGGGUACGACCUCGAGCACGUCGGCUGGCAAACGCUAGGCGUACCCUUUUCUCCCGACCUGAAAUCGAGUACUCGCCUAGGGUGUCAACCUGGCUUGACCAUGGUCACUUGGCAAAGGAGGGAGUGGCCACAAACUGGAAACGACAGUAUCGGCUGAGACACAACUGGUCAAGGGGGGUCUGUCGGGUCACGGAAGUCGAGUUUCCCCAACCGCCGCGUCGACAAAUGUUAGUAACCUUCUGUGCUGGCAUAGUAUUCACAGCGGAUUUAGGUCAUGGGUUAAGAGUUUGGCCCGCUAAGGAGCCCGAACAUUGUCUAGCAAGGAUCCUUUUGACAAACCCACCGUUGCCAUCAUUUCCUGCUCCUACAGCAAUAGCGGCGGCAGCGAGCGGUCCACAGCAGAGCCUCGUCGAUGUUACAGUUGGUUUUGAGGAUGGCCGUUUGAGCGUCUAUACUCUGGACACGACUACGUUGCGGCUGGGAAUGCGCUUUUCCUGCGUUGAAUGUGUCAGUGGAGCCAUCACUACUAUGGCCUCGUGCUCUCCUUUCCUUCUCUUAGUCUCCGAACAUAAGGUUUUAUCUUUGUAUGAAACAAUCCCGGACAAGGGUGGCGUUGGUGGAUCACUAGCCCCACGCCUACUAACAUCCCUCAAGGCAGACAGUAUUUUGGAACCAAUCUCGCUGUCGGUUCGUGCUACAGGCCCCAAAAUAAUAGCAUCUAUAGUAUACAGUUUUUACCAUAUUGGCUGUGGCUGGUCACUGGGAAUUCAAGAAUUGCAAUUUGGUUUGGAUGGUCAACAAAUAAGUUCGCGGCUCGCUACCACAGUGGAUUGUCACUAUGGCACGAUAUCCCCAGAUUCUCGCAACCAGUCAAAUAGGGAGUAUCGCACCGCCUCGUAUGCGACAGGUCUCCGGGGCAGGCAGAACACCACGCCACUCGGACCUUCAACAUCACACCACGAGCCUCCGACCUCAGUGUCCUAUUCUCACCCUUAUCUCUUGACUUCCCACGCGGACAAUACAUUAACCGUAUAUCUCGUGGUUUCUACUUCAACAAGCCUCUCCGUGAAAGGCUGCCAGCGUCUCUGGGGGCAUACAUCCUCGAUUUCGGCGGUGCAGAUUAGCGAUCGAGGCAAGGCGGUUUCUGUUAGCUCGAGAGGAGACGAUAUCAGGAUAUGGGAACUUGAAUCUUUGAUCUCUUCGCUAGGAGGGCAAAAAGCGUUGAGAAAUGGGAAUAGCAUCCGAAUCAGCCCCGAGAACAGAAUUGGUCGACGACAUGAUAGCCUUGGCUUGGUGCCAGAAUCAUACCAUGGUGAAUACCAUGCAGCCCGGUCAAGUUCGGUCGAUAUUCCUCACGGAUUAGCUAGGAUGCGUGGUUGUAUUGGCUUCGAUGAUGAGCGAGUCCUUCUGCUUCGAGAGAAGGAGGUUGGGACGCAGAUGCUCGAAUUUUACGACUUCACGUGA